CAUCUCACCACCUCUCUUCCUCUCUCCAUUCCUCUCACCUCUCUUUGUCUCUCCCUGCCUCAAUCUCUCUACAUCUCUCUUCUCCAUGUGUCUCCAUCUCGCUCUCCUCUACCUCUCUUGUAUUCUAUCUCUCCUCCCUCCUCCACCUCUCCCUCCCUCUAUGUAUUCCUCUCACUCUACGACUCUCCUCCUCUCUCCAUCUCUGUCUCAUGUGGGGUAGAUCAGAGAUUCUGGGAUCCCUGGGGCCGGUCUAGGGGUGUUUUACUGUGGAGACGGUGGCCUUCCCAUUGGAACACACUUUGGACCCUACGAAGGACACAGGACCGAUGAAGAGGGAGCCCUAGAGUGGAUACUCCUGGGAGAUCUACAAGAGCAGACACAAUGAUUACAUUGAUGCAAAGAGAGAGACACUUUCUAACUGGAUGAGGUACGUCAAUUGUGCUCGCAAUGAAGAGGAACAGAACCUAAUAGCGUUUCAGCACAAAGGAGGAAUUCCUUAUCGCACCUGUGGCCUCGUGACUUCAGGAGCAGAGCUCUUGGUCUGGUAUGGGGACGAAUACGCCAGACAUCUGGGAAUCGGAUUUGAUCGACUGUGGAACAACAAGAGCUCUACUAAAGGAGGGAAAUCCCAGCUGACACCAGCACAGGCUUUCCCCUGUCCCGAGUGUCCGUACUCCUACACGUCUCAGAUCUUCCUCCACAAACAAAUGAAGAGGAGCCAUGGCGACCUGUACGGCCGACUGCUGAGGAGUGGAGAAAUCAAGGUGGAGCCUAGUCUCCUCCCAUACGUCGCAGCCUCCUAUCAAGAACCGAUCGGAGCCUCCCCGGGAACCGUCCAAAGCACAAGCCAGAUUCCAGCAGAAGGAGCCGGACAACACAGAUGGCACAUGAACGGUUAA